AUGAAAUCAUGGAGACUCAUCAUCACCUCUUCGUCUCUCCUUCUUGUUUAUCUUCUUCCCCUAUGCUCCUCCCAAGAUAACACCAGAAGCUUGGCCAUUGAUGUCAACGGUCCACUCAAAUUUUCUCCAAUCUCCGAGAAACUAAAUCCAAAGCUCGUGUACGAAAUCAAAGUGCAUGGCUUUAUGCUUUGGGCAUCGAUGGGUGUUUUAUUGCCCAUUGGUAUAAUCUCAAUCAGAUUGAUGUCUACCAAAGACCAACCUGUAAUCACUCUUCGGCGACUCUUCUUUCUUCAUGUCACUUCUCAGAUGGUUGCAGUGAUACUCUUGACAAUUGGGGCAAUAAUGUCAAUAAAAAACUUCAACAAUUCUUUCAAUAAUCCUCACCAACGGCUAGGAAUUGGACUUUAUGUAAUUGUAUGGUUCCAAGCUCUUCUUGGCUUCCUCCGACCUCCAAGGGGAGUAAAAGCUAGAAGGAAUUGGUUUGUAGGACAUUGGAUAUUAGGAACAUCAAUUGCUAUUCUUGGGAUAAUAAACAUCUACACAGGCUUACAAGCUUACGCUCAAAAGACAUCAAAAAGUUCCAAGCUUUGGACCAUACUCUUCACGGCACAACUCUCUUCUAUCGUCUUGUUCUAUCUUUUUCAAGACAAGUGGUCUUAUAUCCGAAAGCAAAGUACAAUUAAUAGAACACAAUGCGUUGAUCAUAACAGCAACAUCUCAACCGCAGAGACUAGCCAUGGAGAGGAGGUUGAAGAGACUAAACCGGCGUUGGAGAAAUGCUGA